CCAAGUGUGUGCGGGAAGCGAGCCUGCACUGAGAACAACGAGUGCUGCCACCCGGAGUGCCUAGGCAGCUGCCACACGCCUGACGACAACACAACCUGCGUGGCCUGCCGACACUACUACUACAAAGGCGUGUGCGUGCCUGCCUGCCCGCCUGGCACCUACAGGUUCGAGGGCUGGCGCUGUGUGGACCGGGAUUUCUGCGCCAACAUCCCCAACGCCGAGAGCAGUGACUCAGAUGGCUUCGUCAUCCACGACGGCGAGUGCAUGCAGGAGUGUCCCUCAGGCUUCAUCCGCAACAGCACCCAGAGCAUGUACUGUAUCCCCUGUGAAGGCCCCUGCCCCAAGGUCUGCGGCGAUGAAGAAAAGAAAACGAAAACCAUCGAUUCUGUGACGUCUGCCCAGAUGCUCCAAGGGUGCACCAUCUUGAAGGGCAAUCUGCUUAUUAACAUCCGGCGAGGCAAUAACAUUGCCUCGGAAUUGGAGAACUUCAUGGGGCUCAUCGAGGUGGUGACUGGCUACGUGAAGAUCCGCCAUUCCCAUGCCUUGGUCUCCUUGUCCUUCCUGAAGAACCUUCGUCUCAUCUUAGGAGAGGAGCAGCUAGAAGGGAACUACUCCUUCUAUGUCCUGGACAACCAGAACUUGCAGCAGCUGUGGGACUGGAACCACCGGAACCUGACCGUCAGGUCGGGGAAAAUGUACUUCGCUUUCAAUCCCAAGCUGUGUGUCUCUGAAAUUUACCGAAUGGAGGAGGUGACAGGAACAAAGGGACGGCAGAGCAAAGGGGACAUAAACACCAGGAACAACGGAGAGCGAGCUUCCUGUGAAAGUGAUGUUCUCCGUUUCACCUCCACCACCACCUGGAAGAACCGCAUCAUCAUAACGUGGCACCGGUACCGGCCGCCGGACUACCGGGAUCUCAUCAGUUUCACAGUCUACUACAAGGAGGCACCCUUUAAAAACGUCACAGAAUAUGACGGGCAGGAUGCCUGUGGCUCCAACAGCUGGAACAUGGUGGACGUGGACCUGCCUCCGAACAAGGAGGGGGAGCCUGGCAUUUUGCUGCAUGGGCUGAAGCCCUGGACCCAGUAUGCAGUCUAUGUCAAGGCUGUGACCCUCACCAUGGUGGAAAACGACCACAUCCGUGGGGCCAAAAGUGAAAUCUUGUACAUUCGCACCAACGCUUCAGUUCCUUCCAUUCCUCUAGAUGUCCUCUCGGCAUCAAACUCCUCCUCUCAGCUGAUCGUGAAGUGGAACCCCCCAACUCUGCCCAAUGGUAACUUGAGUUACUACAUCGUGAGGUGGCAGCGGCAGCCGCAGGAUGGCUAUCUGUUCCGGCACAACUACUGCUCCAAAGACAAAAUACCCAUCAGAAAGUACGCCGAUGGUACCAUCGAUGUGGAGGAGGUGACAGAAAAUCCCAAGACAGAAGUGUGCGGUGGUGAUAAAGGGCCGUGCUGUGCCUGUCCUAAAACCGAAGCCGAGAAGCAGGCUGAGAAGGAGGAGGCUGAGUACCGUAAAGUCUUUGAGAAUUUCCUUCACAACUCCAUCUUUGUGCCCAGACCUGAGAGGAGGCGGAGAGAUGUCCUGCAAGUGGCUAACACCACCAUGUCCAGCCGAAGCAGGAACACCACGGUAGCCGACACCUACAAUAUCACAGACCCGGAAGAGUUCGAGACAGAAUACCCUUUCUUUGAGAGCAGAGUGGAUAACAAGGAGAGGACGGUCAUUUCCAACCUCAGGCCUUUCACUCUGUACCGUAUCGAUAUCCACAGCUGCAACCACGAGGCUGAGAAGCUGGGCUGCAGCGCCUCCAACUUUGUCUUUGCAAGAACCAUGCCAGCAGAAGGAGCAGAUGACAUUCCUGGCCCAGUGACCUGGGAGCCAAGACCCGAAAACUCCAUCUUUUUAAAGUGGCCAGAACCCGAGAACCCCAACGGAUUGAUUCUAAUGUAUGAAAUAAAAUACGGAUCGCAAGUUGAGGAUCAGCGGGAAUGUGUGUCCAGACAGGAGUACAGGAAGUACGGAGGGGCCAAACUUAACCGUCUAAACCCAGGGAACUAUACGGCCCGGAUUCAGGCUACCUCCCUCUCUGGGAAUGGGUCAUGGACAGAUCCUGUGUUCUUCUAUGUACCAGCCAAAACGACGUAUGAGAAUUUCAUGCAUCUGAUCAUUGCUCUGCCGGUUGCCAUCCUGCUGAUUGUGGGGGGCCUGGUAAUCAUGCUGUAUGUCUUCCAUAGAAAGAGAAAUAACAGCAGGUUGGGCAAUGGGGUGCUGUAUGCCUCUGUGAACCCCGAGUAUUUCAGCGCAGCUGAUGUGUACGUGCCUGAUGAGUGGGAGGUAGCUCGGGAGAAGAUCACCAUGAACCGGGAGCUGGGACAAGGGUCCUUCGGGAUGGUCUAUGAAGGAGUGGCCAAGGGCGUGGUCAAGGACGAGCCUGAAACCAGAGUGGCCAUCAAGACGGUGAAUGAGGCUGCAAGUAUGCGUGAGAGAAUCGAGUUUCUCAACGAGGCCUCAGUGAUGAAGGAGUUCAACUGUCACCAUGUGGUCCGGUUGCUGGGUGUAGUAUCCCAAGGCCAGCCCACCCUGGUCAUCAUGGAACUAAUGACACGUGGCGAUCUCAAAAGUUAUCUCCGGUCUCUAAGGCCAGAAGUGGAGAACAAUCUAGUCCUAAUUCCUCCGAGCUUAAGCAAGAUGAUCCAGAUGGCUGGAGAGAUUGCAGAUGGCAUGGCCUACCUCAAUGCCAACAAGUUCGUCCACAGAGACCUGGCUGCUCGGAACUGCAUGGUAGCUGAAGAUUUCACAGUCAAAAUUGGAGAUUUUGGUAUGACACGAGACAUCUACGAGACGGACUACUACCGGAAAGGCGGAAAGGGCUUGCUGCCUGUGCGCUGGAUGUCUCCCGAGUCCCUCAAAGAUGGCGUCUUCACCACUCAUUCCGAUGUCUGGUCCUUUGGGGUCGUCCUCUGGGAGAUCGCCACGCUGGCUGAGCAGCCGUACCAGGGCCUGUCCAACGAGCAAGUUCUUCGUUUCGUCAUGGAGGGUGGCCUUCUGGACAAGCCGGAUAAUUGCCCCGAUAUGCUGUUUGAACUUAUGCGCAUGUGCUGGCAGUACAACCCCAAGAUGCGGCCCUCCUUCCUGGAGAUCAUCGGGAGCAUCAAGGAUGAGAUGGAGCCCAGUUUCCAGGAGGUGUCCUUCUACUACAGCGAGGAGAACAAGCCUCCAGAGCCGGAGGAGCUGGAGCUGGAGCUGGAGCUGGAGCCCGAGAACAUGGAGAGCGUCCCGCUGGACCCUUCGGCCUCCUCAGCCUCCCUGCCUCUGCCUGAAAGACACUCGGGACACAAGGCUGAGAAUGGCCCGGGCCCUGGCGUGCUGGUUCUCCGUGCCAGUUUUGAUGAGAGACAGCCUUACGCUCACAUGAACGGGGGACGCGCCAACGAGAGGGCCUUGCCUCUGCCCCAGUCCUCGACCUGCUGAUCCUCGGACCCCGAAGCACGUGCAAACAGUAACGUGUGUGUGUGUGUGCGCGUGCGUGUGUGUGUGCUCACUCGGUGGGCGGAGGGGGGAGCAGGUUGUAACAAUCUAUUCACAAGCCUCCUGUACCUCAGUGGAUCUUCAGAACUGCCAUUGCUGCCCACGGGAGACGGCUUCUCUGCAGUAAACACAUUUGGGACCUUCCUUUUUUCAAUAUGCAAGCAGCUUUUUUUAUUUCCCUACCCAAACCCUUAACUGACAUGGGCCUCUGCAAACCUUAAUGACAGCUCUUAAUAGCAACAGGACACUCGAGAUUGAGUCUCCUCAUUCUCUGCCUUUUCUCUCUUCUGCCUUCCCUCUCUUCCUCUCCCUUUCCACUUCCAGGCUCUCCUUUCUCUUUUCUCUCGAUUCCCAGUGGAAAGCCCAGCGGGGAAGCCUUUAUUUAUUUUUUUUUUUAAAUCAAAUUGACUUAAUGGCUGCCCUGGGGCUCCUCAUCACACCUGCCUGACACCGUAGGUCUUUACAAAAAAGAAAGGAAAAAAAAAAAAAAGGAAAAAAAAAAUCACACACUGAGAUGGAAUUUUUUUAACUGUACCUUUAACCUUUUUUAGGGUCAUCCAAAAAUUUAAAAGGGCCAUUGUUCAUCCGUGGUUAUCAUUUUCACGCUGCCAUUUUUGCCAAAAUCCUGUCUUCGGUUUGGUUUCUCUCUCACAUGCGCGUUCUCUCUGCGCUGAUCUCCUUUUGUCCAGAGGCAUGGGAAGAAAUGUGGAGUCUGGUUGAUAAUACCACUUUCGAGACGCGCCAGCAUCGAGGCCGCCACUGUGCCCGGUGUGCUCUCCUAGCCCACGUCCCCUGGGUCUGUUUAGGAGAACUGGACAAGAUGGAGUCCGCCCUCCUUGAAGAAGGGGAAAGUGGAACUGGUUCUCGACCCCUACCCCACCCACAGCCCCCCAAGAUUUCUGGAGGAAAUGGCCAUGGGCAAGGUGGUCCUCAUACCAGCCUCGUCCCCCUUCCCAGCCUCCCUCCUGGCACCCCUGAAGGCCACAAGAUGUAAAAGGGUUGCAGGGACUCGGCCCAGGUACUGGUCCAGAUGUGUGAGGAAGGGACUCAGACCCACAGCAGCAUGGAGCAGCCCAGGCAGUGGCUCCCAGCAGUCUACGCUUUGACAUGGUCUGUUACUAGGACUUCUUCGUGGGUCUCUCAGUUCUAUGUUAGACCCUGAAACAUUUGCAUACACAUCGUCUUUAAUGUCAGUUUUAUAACUUUUUUACAGUUCAGAUAUACAUCUAUACGUCUGUACAGGAAAAAAAAGCUGCUAUUUUUUUUGUUGUUGUUCUUUAUCUUUGUGGAUUUAAUCUAUGAAACUUUCAGGUCUACCCUUCUUCCUUUCCAAGCUCACUCCAAGAAACUCCCUAUGCUUACUAGAGUGUGGUUUUUCUUCCUCUUCUCCAGCAACUGAUGCUUCUAGGACAUAAUUUGCCAUGAACUGUUUGAUGCCUUUUUAUAAAUAUAUCUCCCUUCCCCUGCUCCCUGAAGCCCCGUUCAUUAUCCUCUAACCCAUAGGCUCUGUGAGCACAGUCGCUGUUAAGGGAGUGGGGAGGAUAGGAGGCCAGAGCCCACGUACUCCUGGGCCCUGCUCUCUCUUUUCUGCACCUCCCGGCACACAGCGUUGGAGUCUGUUACAGUGCAUGGCAUGCCACAAACUCAGGUCAGAAACAACAUGGUUAAAAAAUCUCACACAUCCUGGUUUAGUGUUUCCAGUCCCCAUUGUUGAAAGUCACACUUUGCUUUCUCUCUUUGCUUUCAUUGACACACAUACACACACAACACACACACACACAACACACACACACACACAUCAAUUUUGGGAUACAAUAGCAGUUUUAACUGCAGACGGUAGUCAUUGGAUUAUUUUUAUUUUAAAAUGAAUAUUUGAUCCUUCUCUUCUACAAAAAACAAAACAGAAAACAGCUGCUGAGUCCCCAGGGCACAGCAGAGCUGGCCCAGUGGCCCAUCGGCCACCUUGCCAUCUCCUUCACUAGACUGACCCACCUGUCUUUAGAACCAACAUGUCUGAAGGGGUGGCCUCCACAUGAGGUGGGUGUAAGGCACCAACACCCCAUGGCCAGGAACAGCAACUUCAACUUCUGUGGGUUCUAAAGCCCACUCCUGGGUCAGAAGGCCCAAGUGACAGGAGGAGCAGAGCUGACCCUGCGGUGGCCCUAGGGCCCUUUGCUGUUCCUCCUUAACCAGAAUCCCAGCUCUCUGGGCCUGUGGGUCCUGCUCUGUUUAGUUUUUAGCACUUCUUACCAGAGUAGUGACAGCAUGAGAGAUGCUUCUGGGUGGGAAUAUUUAAAUCAGGAGUAAGAGAAACGUUGGAAGAUGAUGAUUGCAGUUGUGACUGGAGAUUAGACACAGAAUAGAAAGCGUGGAGCUCCGGGCUUGUCUGCAUUUUCAGGCUCACGGCUCUCCCUAGCCUCUGCCCCACGUGUUUCCCCGUAACAGAAAUAGAGAAAAGGAGGAGGGGGAAAAGCUUAUGAAGAAGGUAUUUCAUGUAGGAGUUGUAAUUUAUUUUGUGAUGCCUGUUUUAAUCACUGUAGAGAAGCCCCCCAUUAUGAAUUUAAAUGCUAAGGAAAAGGUGUAUGUA